GUGAAGGUCGCGUUCGUUCCUUCGUUCCCCAAGGCCUUGCCUUGUUCUGGUUCAGCAUCAGUGACGCUUAGCUUCACAGGAACCAGGACCAGCGAGGUCUCUGGCUCUCUGCAACUUGCCAUGGGGACCGCAACGGCAGCAAUGGACAGGAAUGCAGAUGGAGAGCAGGGCAAGAGGAAGAAGAAGGGAGGCUUCAGGACCAUGCCGCUGAUACUAGCAAGCGAAGUCUGCGACCGGUUUGCCACGGCCGGCUUCGGCGCCAACCUGAUCACGUACCUGACGCAGCAGCUGCACCUCCCGCUGGUGGAGGCCUCGAACACGCUAACCAACUUCAGCGGCACGUCCUCCUUGACGCCCAUCCUAGGCGCGUUCGCCGCCGACGCCUUCGCCGGCCGCUUCUGGACCAUCAUCGCAGGGUCCGUGGUGUACCAGCUCGGCAUGGUCGGCGUGGUGGUGUCCGCGGUCCUCCCCUCGCUCCGGCCGCCCCCGUGCGACGACCCGCCGGCGGCCACCCCGUGCCAGCGCGCCUCCGGGUGGCAGCUCGCCCUGCUGUACCUCUCGCUGCUGCUCACGUCGCUGGGCUCCGGCGGGAUCCGGCCGUGCGUCGUGGCGUUCGGCGCCGACCAGUUCGAGCGGCUGGACAGCGCCGAGGAGGAGGAGAAGGCCAAGGCCAAGGCGGAGGCGGAGCGGAAGCGGCGCUACUUCAACCUCUACUUCUUCACCAUGGGGCUGGCGGCGCUGCUGGCGCUGACGGUGGUGGUGUACAUCCAGGAGAACGUGGGGUGGGGGUGGGGGUUCGGGAUCCCGGCCGUGGGCAUGUUCAUGUCCAUCGUCGUGUUCCUGGUCGGCUACCCGCUCUACGUGCUGGUCAAGCCCGGGGGCAGCCCGUUCACGCGGCUCGCGCAGGUUGUCGCAGCCGCGUUCAAGAAGCGCAACGCCGCCGUGCCCGAGGACCCCCGCAUGCUGUAUCAGGACAAGGAGCUCGACGCGCUCAUCUCCACCAACGGCAGGCUCCUACACACCAAUCAGCUUACGUUCUUCGACCGGGCAGCAAUAGUGACGGCGGGCGACAUCUCCCCGUCCGGGCAACCAGACCCGUGGCGCCUGUCGACGGUGCACCGCGUGGAGGAGCUCAAGUCCAUCGUCCGCAUGCUGCCCAUCUGGUCGGCCGGCAUCAUGCUGGCCACCGCCAGCUCGCACAACUACACCUUCACCAUCAUGCAGGCGCGGACCAUGGACCGGCACAUGGGGCCCCACUUCCAGCUCCCGCCGGCGACGCUGUCCAUCUUCUCGAACGCGGCCAUGCUCGUCACCCUGGCCUUGUACGACCGCGUCUUCGUGCCCCUGGCGCGCCGCGUCACGGGCCUGCCGUCCGGGAUCACCUACUUCCAGCGCAUGGGCAUCGGGCUGGCCAUCUCCGUGCUCAGCGUCGCCACGGCGGCGCUCGUGGAGACCAAGCGCCGCGACGCCGCCGCCCGGCACGGGCUCCUGGACAGCCCGGCCGCCGUCGUCCCGCUCAGCGUGUUCUGGCUGGUGCCCCAGUUCGCCGUCCACGGCGUCGGCGACGCCUUCUCGUCCGUGGGGCACAUGGAGUUCCUGUACGACCAGGCGCCCGAGAGCAUGCGCAGCAGCGCCGCCGCGCUCUUCUGGCUCGCCGCCUCCAUCGGGAACUACAUGGGCACGGUGCUCGUCACGGCGGUGCAGCGCGCCACGCGUGGGCGCGGCGAGUGGCUCCAGGACAACAUCAACCGCGGCAGGAUCGACAACUACUACUGGCUCGUCACCUGCAUCACGCUACUCAACUUGGGCUACUACCUCGUCUGCUUCUAUUUCUACACCAUGAAGCCGCUGGAGGUGGCGGAUGACUGUGACAAGGACUGUGAGCUCUCCUCCCUCCAGAAAAAUGGCAGUGGCGCGGCGCUAGUGUGAUGGUGUAAUUAACUGGAAGACUAGAAAGCAAGAAUGGUCUUGUUGUUAAUAACUAGCUAUAUACAAUCAGCAGCGCUGCAAUGCACACGGAUUACAAUUUACUAUAGGGAUAUUGUAGUGUAUAUCGAGAGUUUAUAACUAUAAGCUGUGGUCGAGCAUGC